CAAGUUCGAGUUCAAGGAGCAAGAUAGUUGGACGCCUGCGCAUUGGCUGCCUGGAAGGAUUGUUUUGGUUGCAAGCGAGCUUGCAACAUGUUGUGUUUUGAAAGCCAAGUUGGCGGCUUUAUAAAAGCAACACGCUGGCCAGCGCAUAAAACAGUUAUCAACGUAUUUGCAACGCGCGCGCUGCUCUUCGCUGCUUCUGUGUGCGUGUGGCAUGUGUUUUCAUAGGCUAACGUGUGGCAAGUGACGGUUAAGCCCAUAUUUUUAAUAGUUGUGCUGGGCUCUAGAAUUGUGGCGCGGCACCAUUGAUGCCGACAACAAUAAAUCAGUCGCUUAAUCAAUCUCACGUGCCAGUGCACAGUUGACCUUUCGUCUUUGCUGACAGCGACAGCGACGGCGACGGUAUCAUUUUCAGCUAUAGUUACAGUUACAGUUACCGUUACAGUGUUUUACAGCUUUGGUGAUUAAGUAGACGACAGCCACACAGCCCCCCAAUUGCAGGCGGAAGGAAGUCGCAUAGCGGAUGUCUAAGCUGUUGGUUAUUUAGCUCAUAAACACUACAAAUUGUGGCAAGGCAGUCAAGCGUGCAAACAAGAAACUUACGUUGCCAAUAUAAUGCCGAAAAUCAAAUGGAAGUUGAUAAAUAAAAAAACAUAAUGCCGCAACCGAGCUACAAUAAUAACAAGUGAAAUAUUUUCUAACGAAAUUGAAAAUUGUUUGCCGACAACAAUAGCGCGCAAACCUUAGCACUUUAUUUAACAACCAGCGAUUUAUAAACGCUUACAACAACAACAGCAGCAGCAACAGCAGCAGCAACAACAGUUACAGCUACAACAAUAACAAAAUGGCCGACCUGGAACGCAUUCGGCUGGUGAUACUGGGCGGCGCGGGCGUGGGCAAAAGCUCCAUUGUAAAGCGUUUCCUAUUCAAGACCUACACGGACAAAUAUCGUGCCACCGUCGAGGAUCUCUACAAUCGAGAAUACGACCUGGGCGGCGUCACACUAAAGGUUGACAUUUUGGACACAUCCGGCGACAUGCAGUUCCCCGCCAUGCGACGUCUUUCCAUUGCCACAGCGCACGCUUUUAUGCUGGUUUAUGCCACAACCUCAGCGCCCAGUUUUCAGUGUGUUAAGCAAUGUUUCGAGGAGAUACGCGAGCAACGCGCUGACUUUCAGGAUAUACCCAUUGUCAUAGCGGGCAACAAGGCGGACUUGGCCAACACGCAUCGGGAGGUGCGGCAUGAGGAGGUGACCGAUUGGGUAUUCUGCGAGCUACCGCGACUCAGAGCCAAGGUGCUUGAGUGCUCAGCCAAGGAGGACACCAGCGUGACCGAACUUUUCAAGACGCUGCUUUCACUCUCCCGUUAUCUGCCCGCUAGCAGCGGCAGCGGUGGUGCAGGCGGUGCCGGCGCCGAGGCAGCGCCCAGCGGUUUCAAGCGACGCUCUUCAGCGUAUGUCAGCGCAUCGUCCAGUCGCAACAAAAAUCGCAUGAACAGCCCCUCGGUGAGUGGCGAUAAAAAGUCAACGCUUGUGGAUGCUGUUGAUGUGGCAAGCACCAGUGCAGAGGCAAAGCUAAAGCCACGUUCCAGAUCGCUCAUACGCCGUGCAUCACGCAAGACCAAACAGCAAAUUAACAACGCAUCCGAUGAUUGUAAUUUGCAGUAAAUUUAACCAAAACAAGUGUUUAAAUGAUAAUUUAAGUAAGUGCACACACAUAUGCAUACACUAUGUGAUGUGGUGUGGGUGUUAAAAUAUUUAUAAUAAAUGUUUGUUAAUUACAAAAAGUGUUCGCAUAUUUACUGUGAGCCAAAAGACCAUAUA